AUGAGCCCAACGCGGGCGCGAGUCUCGGAGAGUGAAGGACGUUCUGAUAGCUCUGCAGCAGAGCAGCAGCCAGUGCCAGUCUCGGCAGACGAGACGCUCGUACAGGCGAUUGCGACCGCCGUUGUUCGCGCACUAGGUGCGGUCCAGACUGGCCCACAGCAAGUUGGUGAAAAUCAACCUGACAGGCGACCCGUCCGAGAAAUCUGCCUCCCCUCUCCCAGACCACAAAGAAACUUGGACGCUGAGCUCACAGCAUCGCUCACCCCGUACGGCACAAGCUUGAACGCGCCGUUCGAUCCUCGAAGCCCCUCCCCUAGUGCUUACGAGCCCGGCACGAGGACGUCGGACGCCACGACCACCAAGAGCGACACGAUGGGCACGUGGCAGAUGAGCAAGAUCCAGCUGGCCUCGACGAAGUUCGACGGCAAGAUGGAGAACUGGAGUCGCUGGAAGACAGAGAUGCAGACGAUCUUUCACUGGCAGGGCCUCCUGCAGCUGGAAUGGAAGAACUGUUACGAGACGCGUGAGCGCAAGGCCCACACGGAGGUCGUGUUGUCGCUUCACGGCGACCUGUUGGAUAGCUUCAAGAGCGACAUUGAGAGCGCGCGUCCCGCCCAGCUAUGGACAGCGCUGCUUCGCACCUACGAUGGCUUGCAGGCCACCAACUCAGUGUACUUGAAGCAGGACAUGUACUCACGCCGCCUGAGGCAGGGCGAGGGCGUGAUGGACUACGUUAGCGAUCUUCAGCGCAUGCGACGCGAGCUGGAGCGCAUGGACGUAUCGCUCCGUGCAGGAGAGAUGGCUAGCAUUGUGUUGUCACAUGCAGUUACGACCGUGACCAACGUGUGCAAGAUUCCGUCAACCUUCUACUCGUCGCCGAACGAACUGCUCAAGAACAUCGAGAUCGUGGUAGCCAUGAUGAUGGACGUGGUAUUCAGCGCCAAGUGA